AUGGAGCAGCCAACCACCACCAUGACCUCCGCUGCCAAACCAACCCAGAAGACAUCAUCUUUGGAAAGAGAAGGAUGGUGGAGAAUAGCAUUAACAAACACUCCUAAUCCUGGCACUUACCACUUGAAAACCUUUAUUGAAGAAUCUCUAUUAAAUCCAGUGAUAGCAACCUACGGUUUUAAAAACGAAGGACGGGGAAAACCACCUCUCGUGCAAAGAAACGAUCCGGUACCAAAUGACCUUCCCCAGUACAUGCCUCCUGACUUCUUGGACUUGUUAAAGAAGCAAAUAGCCACUUACUCAUUUAAAGACAAACCGCGAUCAAGCCCCAGCACGCUGGUUUACAGAGAUCAGUCAGUUAAGCUUUCACCAGGGCAAUACGACCUACUUCCUGCACCAGUUCCUAAGUACGCUUCCAGGAGCUUCAUAUUUCGUUCUACAGUUCAAAGAUUUCCAACAGGCUGCUUCACUCCUCGUGAAGGCCCGGGCCCAGGUCAUUAUGACUUGAAAAUACCUAUGGCGAGUUCUGUUACUUCUUGUUUUCAAUCCAGAGUACCUCGAUUCUUGCCUCCCUGUUCAAAAACCCCAGGCCCAGGAGCAUACACGUCUUCAGCACAGUUCCCCAAGCAGCCCCGGACCGUAGCCAAGAUGGGCCGAGAACACAGCCUUUUCUUCAACAACAAUUGGCUUUUAAAAUAGAUCCUUCUUGGCCCUAAGUGAGUUUCCGUAAGUUCUUAUGUUUAGAAAACGCUUAUUUUGUCUGUUCUUUAGGAGGGUUUGACCACAGACCAUAAUCCUUUGCCCAAGAUGACCAUCCAGCCCGCUGAUCUGGAACAGUCCCAGCAAAAUUUCCAGCUCGCUCUCAGAAGUCUCUUGGUUUGAACAAUAAAUUAUAUGCUCACUCUGUGUAUUGUCAAGGGGUGUCUUUCUGGAGGCUGUGCCCCUGGGCUGCUCUCACAGCAUCUCGGGUGCUGCUCUGUGUGGGUCUCCGCUGUGCCAGGCUUAUAAUUCCUCCCAGACUCCAGGAGACUU